AUGUCGGAAGCGGACGCUGAUACCAGCACGCACGAAGUGGGAUACUUGGAUGGCAACCCGCCGAAGGUCAUCAAUAGUGACAGCAUCUACCUCAUGUUAGGACUGGCAGUUGCCAUCGUCAUGGGGUGCCUUUUGGAUAGGAUGUCGACCUUCAAACACUUCAAUGCAAAGAACAGGGAGCCAUUUUGGGUGCUGCUGCUCGUGUUGGUGAGCUAUGGGUAUUUGAUUCCAGGUCUGGUGGAAGUGCUUUUCAGCUUCAACCUGGUUUUUGAUACGGGGACGGGUGGAUUCUUCGGAAUCGGACCCGACUCUUCCUUUAACCACGCGCCCCCAACGACCGAGACCAUGUUGGGCUUGGUUAGGCUGUUGUGGGAAACGGGAUCUUGGCUUGGUGCUGUGCUCGUGGUCUUCUACGCGAUUGCCAUUCCUGUGACCAAGCUGAUCUUGCUGCUGGUGGGCAACCUGAUACAGAGAGACUUCCCCAAAGCCUCGAGGAGGUGCAUCCAGUCCGUGCAAAACAUCUCCAAGUGGGCGUGCCCUGACAUGUUCGCCUACAUCCUGCUCAUGCAUCUUGUCAGGUCACUGGCCCAUCCGCCGUAUCUCUUAGCGAACGGACGACUCGACCUCGGAUUCACGUGCUUCAGUCUGUUUUGCCUUGGAUCUACUAUCGCGGCCCUCGGGAUACGCGUUCCCGAUCGGGAGCAUGGUUGCUUCCAGAAGCUAGGGAGGGCCCUGACUGAGAAGAACCUAGUCCUGGGCGUGAGUGUGCUCUUCGUGUUGUUUGCCAUUCCCUUCUUCUGGGGCCUCAACGAGACCGUAAUGGGGUUGAAAGUGGGUCAACUGGACCCAAUGAUAUCGAUGACCUUGUCGUUCGUUGGCCUCACACCGGAGAAGCUGAAGUCGGACGUGAGCAUCAUGAACUGCUUGGGCACUCUCGCGGAGGAGAUUUCUCACGGAGAGAUGAACAGCUUCAUCGGCUUCGUAAUGUUUUCCGUCUUCGUGAUUGGAAUGACGCUGCUGGACAUGAUCGUCCUCCUCUGGAUCUCGAUUGCUUCUUGGAGAGGACGUCCUGUGGCUCGUUGGAUGCAGCUGUCAUGGGUCUUGAAAAAACUGUCAAUGGUCGAUGUCACGUGCAUGGGCGUCCUAAUCGUGACAAUGUGCAUGUCGAUGUACAGGAAAUACGUGGAGGUUGACAUGGGCGUCGGGCAGUGGCUGUUGGUGUCCUCUGAGGUGAUCCACUACUUCACCUACUACACCGUCAAAGGCUUUACGGAAGUGAAGGACAAGCUUGAUCUGGGAAACACUAUGCAAAUGGAUGAAGACGAGGAGGAGACUUCUGAUCUUUCCUCCAGCACGGCCAUCGAAGAGGAUCAUGCUUGGCUCUGA